AUGGAACUCUCACGGCAGGAGUAUCCAGCGUUGCUGGCCUCUUUGCAGCCCGGCCAAGCUACAAGUGUACUCAAUGAUCGCAUUCGCAUCAUAAACAAAGUCAAUGCGGACAUCGCGGACUGGCUCCAGGAACGUCGUCGCAUUGAAGAAUUGUAUGCCCAAGGGCUGCGGAAACUUGCGCAUCGGCCACAGUUGGACAAUGGCGCAGCGCUCGGUUUCAUGAAUAGUGUCUUCCAGAUACCGUGGCAGCGCAUUAUCACUGCCACCGAAUCGAUUGCCUCUUCGCACGAAACUUUCGCCCACAAAAUCGAGGAGGACGUAGAACGUCCGCUGCGAGAGUAUAACACCAAAAAUCGGGAAUUGUCUUCCAUGACUGGUAUCCAGAGCGACCUUGCGGGACUGGCCAAGAACUACGAAGCAUCCCAGAAGAAAGUAGAAAAGGCCAGGGAGAAGGGCCCGAAGGGUGCCGAUAAGCUGGCUAGCGCCGUCGCCGCCGCAGAAGAAAUUAGCCAGCAAUGGGAUUCCAGAGCGCCAUUUGUCUUCGAACAGCUUCAGGCAGCAGAUGAGGGCCGUCUCAAUCACCUGCGAGAUGCUCUCACUCAAUUGGAGACCCAUGAGACGGAUCAGGUUGAGCGCUGCCGUCAGGCUGCUGAAAGCUGUCUGAACGUUCUUCUGAACGUAGAGACUGCAGAUGAGAUCAAGACAUUUGCUGCGAAAAUUAAUGGAGGAAGACCCGUCGUUCCGAGGAGACAACAAACUACCUCGCCUCCCCCAGUAGCACCUCUGUCGCCUCCACCACGCCUGCAGGAUGAUGCUGCUAGUCAGCGAUCGGAACAUUCGGGUCCAGUUAGGACACCUCCAGCCCCGUAUUCUGGUGCCAUUCGCUCGAUGUGGAGUUCUGACGCCCUUCUCGUAGCACCCGAGCCCCGGCACAAUACACCCCUGGGUGGCCUCAAAAGGCUGGGAACCGUCAUGAACCGACGGAGGAGCAUUGUUCAGCCUUCUAGCGCUGGUCCCUUCUUCUCCGAUAAAAAACACCGCAGUCCGUUUGCCUCCUUUAAGAGGGGUGAUUCGCGCGAGUUGCAGAUUCCGGAGACCCCAACCGAAGGAAUGGAGCGCCCCAGCACUGCCAUGACUACUCAGGAUACUGAGCCUCCAGCUAUCUCGAGUGAACCUCAUGAGCAUGAGGGAUUUGCUAGCGCGACAUCCACUGCAGUGCCCCAGUCAGCACCGGCUACCGCCAACGGAGCAACAUCUCACGAAGCUCCUUCUGAAGAAAUUACUGCCGCUGCUGGCGUGUCACGCAAUGAGCCACGAGUCGACUCAGAAGGUUUCACGGAGCGUCCGGAGACCAUUGACGAGAUUACCAGGGCCCAAAGAGAGGCGGCCGGAUUGGAGGAGCCCGGGAUGAAUUUGACAAUACGAGACCAGCCAAUCUUUGAGGACGAGGAUCAAGCCAAGCAAGCGAUGGACGAUAUGGCUAAUCAGCUCAGAAUGCGAGCUCAGCAGAGUGGUGUCCGACGAAAUGCUGGAACCUUACGUGGCCGUCGCGAUGUCCGUAACACUGUCUUUAUUCCUACACCUCCACCAGGAAAUGACCUCCCUGCCAUACCAUCAACCUUGGAUACGUCCGCUCCAACCUCUCCAUCUUUGCAAGCGAGGCAUGUUGCCUCGCCUAGCACGGCUACAGACGACCAUGCCAUGUCCGACACGACCUCGAUUCGCUCUUCUCAUACUCUACAUAGUGCUCCGGGUCCUGUCUCGCACCCCGACCUUCACGAGCCAGGUCUGAACGCAUCCAUCAUAGACACAGUCAGUGCAUGGUUUACUGAGGGUGCGAUAUCCAAAUCGUUUGUCGUUGGAGAACUUGCGUUGGCAUACAAUGCUACACCGGAUGUGACUCCGGGCAGCACACGGGUUCGCCUUGACAAUUUCCAGAUUCUUGAGAAGGUGGCUGCAAACCCGCACUUCGUGACGGAAGACAAAGGCAAGGAUCAAUUUGAAGAAAAGAGGGGUGAAUAUGAGGUGAACCUGGCUAGCAUUGCUCGGUCCUCGCCGACGGUAGCUUUCAAGUACCAAAUUCACAUGGAACCCUCCGUUGCCGCAGCCUAUUGCCCUGUCAUUUUCAAACCAGUGUGGAAUCUCGAAGAGCACCAAGCCAGUGCGAUCAUCUACUAUUCUCUCAACUCCUCGUUCACGUCUGCGCCAGGAGGCUCAAUUACCCUCAGGAACCUGGUUUUGACGGUAAAUCUGGACACGUCUCCUGUGGAAGGGCGCGAAGUGGCUCAUGCCACAGCAGCCGUCAUGUACCCGAACACCGGUGCAACAUUCCGUCGCAAGCAGUCUGCAGUGACCUGGAAGAUUCCCGAACUUGAAGUCAAGGCUGGCUCUGAUGCCAAGUUGUUGGUCCGAUUCUCGACGACAGCCAGUUGGCCACGACAAGGCAAGGUCGAUGCCAAGUUCGAGGUUCACACGCUUGAUGAUGGAUCCCGUCUGGGAAUCAGCACCGCUUCCCCGACUAAUCUGGUGAAGGGCUCUGAUCCCUUUGCAGACGAAGAGGCCGGCAGUCAGACUCCUGAACUACAGCCAUCUGUUGAAUGGAAGAAUGUCCCGACUGCCCGAAAACUGCUCGGGGGUAAAUAUGUCUCAUCUUGA